CCUUCCUCGUUGGAGCGUUUUUCAGCUGCGGCUGUCGCCUGUCGCUCAGCUUUCCCUGACGGCUGAACUGGCUGCACACAGCUCCAGGUGUGGAGAGAGAGAGAACCCUUCCUGCUGACCCUCCAAACCACUUCCAGAGCGAGCAGGUAGAGCUGAAGAGCGUGUCACAAGAUGGCCACACAGAUCUCCCAGGACGAGAUUGAGGAUCUUAGAGAGGCCUUCGCCAAAAUUGAUGUGGACUGCAAGGGUAAGAUCAGCACAGACGACCUCAAUGACCUCUUCAAAGCCGCAAACCUGCCCUUACCUGGGUACCGGAUCAGAGAGAUCAUUCAAAGCCUGGCAGCCACCGGCGCACAGCACGAGGGUCUGGUCAGCUUCGACGAGUUCCUCACAGUGGUGAGCGGGCUGAAGAGCUCGGAGGUGGCUAAGACCUUCCGGAAAGCCAUCAAUAAGAAGGAGGGGAUCUGCGCUGUGGCGGGAACGUCGGAGCAGGCCUGCGCUGGAACCCAGCAUUCCUACUCCGAGGAGGAGAAGGUGGCCUUCGUUAACUGGGUGAACAAGGCACUGGAGAAUGACCCCGACUGCAAGCACGUGCUGCCGAUGGACCCCAACACCAACGACCUGUUCACUGCUGUGGGAGACGGGAUCAUCCUCUGCAAGAUGAUCAACCUCUCUGUGCCAGACACCAUCGACGAGAGAACCAUCAACAAAAAGAAGCUGACCCCCUUUACCAUCCAGGAGAACCUGAACCUGGCGCUGAACUCGGCGUCUGCCAUCGGCUGCCACGUGGUCAACAUCGGUGCCGAGGACCUGAAGGAGGGCCGCCAGCACCUGGUGCUCGGCCUGCUCUGGCAGGUCAUCAAAAUCGGCCUGUUCGCCGACAUCGAGAUCAGCAGGAACGAGGCUUUGAUCGCCCUGCUCAGAGACGGAGAGAGUCUGGAGGAUCUGAUGAAGCUCUCUCCUGAGGAGCUGCUGCUGCGCUGGGCCAACUACCACCUGGAGAAGGCCGGCUGCGCCAAGAUCAACAACUUCAGCUCCGACAUCAAGGAUUCCAAGGCAUACUACAACCUCCUGGACCAGGUGGCCCCCAAAGGAGAUGAAGACGGCAUCCCAGCAAUUCCCAUCGACAUGUCCGGGAUCAGGGAGAAGGAGGAUUUGAAGAGGGCGGAGUGCAUGCUGGAGCAGGCUGACCGCCUGGGCUGCCGCCAGUUUGUCACUGCGACUGACGUCGUCCGUGGCAACCCCAAGCUGAACCUUGCCUACAUCGCCAACCUGUUCAACAAGUAUCCGGCCCUGAAGAAGCCGGAGAACCAGGACAUUGACUGGAGCUCCAUUGAGGGAGAGACUCGAGAGGAAAGAACAUUCCGGAACUGGAUGAAUUCUCUGGGUGUAAACCCCCGUGUCAACCACCUCUAUGCAGACUUGGAUGACGCCCUGGUCAUCUUCCAGCUCUAUGAGAAGAUCAAGGUCCCCGUGGACUGGGGCAGAGUGAACAAACCCCCCUACCCCAAACUGGGCGGCAACAUGAAGAAGCUGGAGAACUGUAACUACGCAGUGGACCUGGGGAAGAAUCAGGCUAAAUUCUCAUUGGUGGGGAUCGCUGGGCAGGACCUGAACGCUGGGAAUCGAACCCUUACCCUGGCUCUGCUAUGGCAGCUGAUGAGGAGGUAUACAUUGAACAUCCUGGAGGAUCUGGGCGAUGGGCAGAAGGUGAAUGAUGACACUAUUGUCACAUGGGUCAAUGACACACUGACCCAGGCUGGCAAAGGCACCAUCUCCGGCUUUAAGGACGGGACCAUCAGUACCAGCAUGCCAGUUCUGGACCUUAUUGAUUCCAUCCAGCCUGGGUCCAUCCGCUAUGACCUGCUGAAGACAGCCGACCUGACCGACGAGGAGAAGCUCAACAACGCAAAGUACGCGAUCUCCAUGGCGAGGAAGAUCGGCGCACGGGUGUACGCUCUGCCGGAGGACCUGGUGGAGGUCAAGCCCAAGAUGGUGAUGACCGUGUUUGCCUGCCUGAUGGCCCGUGGCAUGAAGAGGGCGUGAGGUCACUGUUGCCCAGGGCAACCCAACCCCACCCCCCCACCCCCCCCCAUGCACACCCUCAUCUUCCUGUUUUAAUCACAGUUUGGCUCCACCCUCAGGAAGUCUGAAAUACAGCUGUGUUUUUUCAUACUUUUGUGUGUGUGUGUAUGUGUGUGUGUGUGUGUGUGUGUGCGCAAGUCCCGUUCUUUUUCCCCUGCCAGGGAUUCACAGGGGCAACAUAAAUUUUAAAAAACACACACAGAUAUAAACAUACACACAGAAUUGAAAUCUGAUUUCAAAUUAUAAUUUCAAUUACAAAUUAUAUUUUCAUGGUCUUAUGUUUUAAUUAAUAUGGAAUUUUCUAAUCUAGAGAUACCUAUUUUCUGUGCUUUGGGUCUAUUAAAAGUAAUUUUAAUUUCAAUAGUAAUCAUUUUUGUGUCAGUAUUGCUAUUUGAUGUAUUACAGGUAUAUGUCUAUGAUAUGAAGUCUGACAAAUAAAUUUUUCCAGGUACUAUGAUUUUA